UGAAAUGAGAUCUGAUUCAAAUUGGAGCUUUUUGUGUUUUAUAUAAUAAUAAUAUUACAGAUGUAUUGUAUCUAUUAAGUUCUUUAUUUUUAAAAUCUAUUUGAUUUUGUAUCUUAUAAAUCAAAGAAGAUACUCAUAGCGAAAGUUUUCUUUGACGUCACUCGAUCCAGUUAAUCGAGCGCCUUGUUUCAAAGUGAAAUCUUGUAAAUUCAGAGCUUUUGUGAAAGCGGCAUGAGAGGUGCCAAUACUUUGAUCCCAGCGCGGUUCCUAACACUCCUGGGCCACUUGUGUGUGCUGAUAACGUUAAUAUGGGAGAGCAAAAAGAGUGUACAUCAUUGUUUGCCCAAUCGUUUCCACGACAGUCUCUUCCAGAUAUAUCACAGCCGAUCACCAAUGAGCACCAGCAUUUGACUCAAACGCACGAGUAUCGCCCGGGAUGGUCCUUCUACCUGGUGCUGGCCGGUGUGGUCACCACCCUGGGGUCCUCGUUGCCAGUUGGCUAUAAUAUCGGUGUUGUCAAUACUCCUGCUGAGGUGAUAAAGCAGUUUUGCAAUGAGAGCUUCAUCAGCCGCUAUGAUCUGCCGCUCGACGACACGUGGCUCAACGUGCUCUGGUCUUCCGUCGUCUCCAUCUUCAUCGUUGGAGGAUGUACUGGAUCCAUCUUGGGUUCUGUACUGGCUGACAAGAUGGGGAGGAAAAAAGCUACGAUCGUUACAAGUGUGUUAUCAAUAGCCGGCGCUUUGAUGUUCCAGUUCUGUCGCGCCGCCAACUCUGUUGAGAUGUUGAUCCUUGGAAGACUGCUUGUCGGUUUGUCUGGUGGUCUUACGACUAGCAUAGUGCCAAUGUACCUCACAGAGUUAGCUCCAUUAAGUCUAACGGGUGCGAUGGGCGUGGCUUGCCCCAUGGGGGUCAAUGUCGGGGUCCUUGUGGGACAAGUCAUGGGACUCAACUUUUUAUUGGGUGGGGUUGACGAGUGGCCGUAUCUUUUGUCCGUCUACGCUGUUCUAGUCAUUAUUUGUUUACCGAUUUUAUUAAUAUUACCUGAAAGUCCAAAGUACCUGUAUGUAGUUAAGAAAAACGAAGUUGAGGCUUUGAGAGAGCUGAGCCGGGUGCGCGGCGCGUCGGGCGGCGCGCUCAGCGACGAGCUGGAGGCGCUGCGCGACGAGGCGCUGGCGGGCGGCGCGCGCUGCGGCAUGCUGCUCGCGCUGCGCGACCCCCGCCUGCUGCUGCCGCUGCUGCUCGUGUGCAGCGCGCAGGCGGGCCAGCAGACCAGCGGGAUCAACGCGGUGUUCUACUACUCGCAGACGAUAUUCAAGCAGGCGGGGCUGUCGGAUCUGCAGGCGCAGUACGCCACCAUCGGGUGCGGCGCCAUCAACGUGUGCACCGCGGUGCUGAUGCUGCAGCUGCUGCCGCGCGUGGGCCGGCGCCCGCUGCUGCUCGGCUCCAUGCUCGCCGCCACCGUCAUCCUGGCGGCGCUGGCGGCCGCCAUGAGCUUCAUUACGGCGUACCCGUGGAUGGCGCACGUGGCUAUGGUGGCGGUGCUCGCUUACGUUCUUGUCUACGGCUUCGGACUUGGCCCCAUUCCAUACUUCAUGGCUUCUGAGCUGUUCGAGGUGUCCCCCCGGGGCGCGGGCAUGGCGUGGGGCUCGCUGGCCAACUGGGGCGGCAACUUCCUGGUCGGCAUGUGCUUCCCGUCGCUGCGGGCCGCCAUCGGCCCAUACUGCUUCCUCGUGUUCUCGGGGCUCACGGGGGCCCUGUUCCUGUUCCACAGAAUGUACUUCCCGGAGACGAAAGGCAAGACACCAACGCAGGUAUCGCAGCUGUGCAGUCUUGGGUUCGAGUCGCGACCGCUGCACUCCGAGCCCUUGCAUGGCGUGUGACGUCACAAUUCGUUGCGGUGUCGUGACCUCAAAACCUGUCACAUAAUGGUGGUGAGGUGACGUCACUUCACAAACGCAAUGUUUUGACGUUUGCAUCACACCGCAUGUUACUUGAACGUUGUGACGUCACACAUCACGCUUGACUUCAAAUCCCACUUUAACGAUAACGUCGUGACGUCACACCAUUCAAUAACAUAAUUGUUGUGGCAUAAAAUUGCAUCUCUGACGUCACACUCUGAUCCGUUAUGUUCGUGCAGUGACGUCAUAGCUGUUUUGACGAAAGUAGUUGUGACCUUCGAAGGUUCAUGUGAUGUGUGCUGUGAAAUGUUUAAAAUUUUACUUUUUCCAUAAUUUCGGAGAGUUAGUACAUUGAUGGUUUUUUUUUUGUAAUGUGAAUUGCAGACUCAUUGUUUGUAUAUUUAAAAGAUUAGUGUUAUCAUUAAAAAUAAUGGGAUAUCACCCUCAGGGUUAUGGAAUAUUUUUAUUAACUAAAAUAAGAAUUGAUUGACUAUUUGUUGAUAGAAAUUGUAAAAUUCAAAGAGAAAAUUUAAUUUGAAAGGAAAACUGUGUGUACAUUUGCCGAAUAAAAGUAGCCUAGGUGUAAAAG